AUGUCCAAGGCAUUCCUCCUCUCCGCCCUCAUUGCCUACGCUGAGGCCCGUUUCGGCCAGGAGCAGACCCCGGUCCAGUUCAUCACCGCCCUGAGCAACUUCGGCAACCCGGGUGAGGCCGCCACUCUGGCUGGUGGUGUUCCCGGUGUCCUCCUCGCCGCUGCUGAUCCAUGUGCCAAGCUCGAGCUUGCUGACAAGAUCGUCACCACUCUCGGCACUGACCCUGCGGUCAUCUCUGGCGCGAUCCAGCUGGUUGCCGCCGAGCAGAACUUCAACCCUUUUGUUGUCUCUGUUCCCAACAUCUGCGGAGAUGCCAGCCUUCCUGCCACCGCUGAGCUCCGUGGUGUUGUUCCCCUGAUCGACCCGGCCGUCGUGGGCUCCGAUCUCGAGAACGCCAACUCGGCCGCCUCAGUCACCACCCCCUUUGAUGCCACCGGCAAGUCUGUUGCCGACGUCAUGAUUGACCAAGGCUUCAGCAACUUCACCGUCAACGGAGCUGCCGCCAACGCUGGUAGCGGCACGGGCGGUGACGACAGCGCUGCUACCACAUCCGCAGCUGCUGUGGCAACCACCAGCGCGGCCGCCGUUUCAUGCGGCGGCGCCGUCAUCACCACCACAGUCCUCGCAGACGCCUCAGCCACUGCUGAUGUCUCUUCCACCGUUGCCGAGGUCGCUACCACCACCGCCGCCGAGGCCGCCGCGACCUCCGCUGCCGCUGACACCGGCGCCAGCGGCGGUGCCAACCCGGGCGCGACCACCUCUCUCGACGGCGUCGACUUCGGCCUGUGCGACCCGCAGAUGGACUUCCAGUUCGGCCGCACCGGACGCAAGGCCGACGAGGGCACCUUCCUGCCCAUUGACGAGCUCGUCGCCAAGGGCCAGCAGGACGCCCUGAACCCCAACAUCAUCACCAACCGCAUCUGCGACCAGCUGACCAACGUCUGCGAGGCCAACCAGGCCGCCAAGGACGUCUGCCAGACGGCCAAGGCGCUCGUCGCCUCGCUCGGCACCAAGGACGCCAGCACGGCUGCGGCGUUCAACCAGGCUCUGGGCUUCUAA